AUGAAGCACAUGAAGCUUGUUCAAAUGCAUGCUGAUCAUUUGAGAACCACUGCGUCUAUCAAAGGAGAGCUCGAAUCGCACGAAAGUAACAAGAAACGAAUCAAUUCCCAUCUCCACGGCAUGUUCGAAUUUCUCCGUCUCCAGAUAAUGAAAGAAAUCCAGUCAGAAAAAGCCCUUCUGGGAACUCGCUCAGCACAAGAUCGUGGAAAAGAAUACGCACUCAAACUUGAAUCAAUUGAGCAGCAGCCCGAAACGGCUUUUUAUAAUUUAACCUAUGUCUGCUUGACAGCCGUGCAAAUCUGCUCCGAGACGUCGAACAUAGAUGGCAAUAUGCUCGACUCGACGCAGGAGCUAUUGAAUAAUGUCGAAGAAGUGCUGGAAGAGUCUAAAAACAAUCCAAAAGCGCUGAACUUGGAUAAGAUAAAGGCUUCCCUGCAGUCUGUGAUGGAAAAUCUGCGAAAACUGAACGAAGAUACGAUCAACGAGGAGCAGCUCGGAUCUGCCCUGGCUGCGGAACUUGAUGAAGCCGCUAAACUCGUCGAAGAAUCCGCAGCUAGAAUUGCCACUCUUCUCAAAGAUGCGCGGGAAAGAAUGACUGGAACAGAACUAGCUGUUCACGAAGCCAUCCUCGAUUCUUGCACCACCCUCAUGGAUUUCAUCAAACAGCUGAUUAUUACGAGCAACAAAUUGCAACAAGAAAUCGUGGAGUCAGGCCGCGGAGCCGGUUCGGCGCAAGAUUUUUACUGCAGAAAUUCCAGAUGGACUGAGGGAUUGCUGAGUGCAUUAUUGGGAUCUUAG